GCAUGGCCAGCAGUUUUGCUUACUUCAGCAGCCAGCUCUGAAAGUACUGUAGUCUAUAAUCGCAAAUGCAAAUCAUCGAAGAUUCGAAUAUGGAAGUGUCAGUUUCCCACUUAAAAUUCGUAUGGGAAUUUAUGGUUUCUCGUUAGAUUGUCGUGACGCUCAACCACCGUACAAUGUUUAUAAUUGGUUAACCAACUAGCUCGGGCAGGCUACUUUCCGAGGAAUCGAGAAUUCGUGGUUGUACAAUGGAAACAGAACGAAGACAGUGGGAAUUGACACCUUACGAGAAAGUCCGCCAGCCACAGCCAGUACCUCAAGGUAACCGUGAAAUCACCACAACUCAACGAUUUCUGGAAACAGAAUUAUCGUGCGCCAUAUGUCUGGACAUUCUGCGCAACACGCGUACCACCAAAGAGUGCCUGCAUCGCUUCUGCGACGAAUGCAUCAGUCAGGCUCUUCGCAGUGGCAACAAAGAAUGUCCAAACUGUCGCAAGAAGCUGGUCUCCAUGCGCUCACUGCGUCCCGAUCCGCUCUUCGACGAGAUCAUCCGCACUCUUAUUCCCAAUCGCGCCGAACUGGAUCGACAGCAGUCGCAGCUCCUGGCCAAACUGGACAAUAAGGCGCUGCUGAGCAGCAUGGAGGAGGGAAUGCGCCAUCAAGCGGAGCAGCGCGGCGCCAAAGGAACGCGAGCGCCGCGCCGUAUCAGCAAGGAAUCUUCGCAGGAAAUGAUGGGGGAGAGUAUGGCGUCCGCUUCUACCUCCGAAGCAGGAUCGGUGCGGGGUGGCUUCUAUGAUCGCAAUUCAUCGGAAAGAGGCGAAUCCGCCUUGGGUGAUGAUAUGUUGAAUGGUGCUCCCAGCAAGAAACGCAAAAAAUCCAAGAAGACUGAAGAACGCAUGGCCAGUAUGAAGAUUGUGCCUUUUGAGCCGUCUAAACACCGUCAGUUGGUGGAUAAAUGGGGCGUUCGAUUUGUGAACGUGAAGGCGUGUGCGACAGUGGCGCACGUGUGCCAGUACAUCGUUGUACGCCUAAUUGCGGAACAGAAGCAUUCCUCAGAUCUUACCAGAUUAUCCUCAAUUUCCGAUAAAUUGGUCAGGAUGUACAUGCGUGUGGGGAACAAGCGCUACGAACCUUUGGACCACUCGUGGCGACUCAGCGAUAUUCAGGAGCGUUAUGGUGUUUCGCAGAUGAAGCUGGCGUUUGCCAUGAAUGGAAGCAAAUCUAAGCGCUGAUUUGGGGAUGUUACAGGCACCUUUAGAAGCUGUGCGCGCGAUGCGGUGUAAAUACUGUCGGUUGGGACCAACUUUUGUCUGAUGGUCGUACUGUUUAUGAGUUAUCUCGAGUUGGUUUCUGUUUUGGUUGUUUAAAAUUUUGAAGGUUAAAAAUUCCCCUGUAGAUCCGGAAGAGGAUAUUUUGUUUUACUACUCAGUGACUUUCUACCUGUUUUUCUAGUUGGUUCGUGAGUUUUCCAUUUUGUAACUUCUGUUUAUAUCUUUAUGCAUCUUCUUUCAAGCGGAUACAGCAUAAUAGCACACGACAAUAAGACGGCAAUGUUCUGGCAUCAUUAAGGUCACUGCUGAGGUUUCUGAAUUUG